AUGGCCAGUAAUUCUUUGUUUAAGUGGAUGGGAUUGGGCCAAUCCACGGGUAAACCAGCCACUGAAACUGAUACUGUAGAUGAAGGAGAAAGAUAUUUUGGUUUGGAAAAUUUCGGAAAUACAUGCUAUAGCAAUUCCGUGGUCCAAGCACUCUAUUUCUGUAAACCUUUCCGUCACUGUGUAUUAAAUUACCCCGUUGGUACACUGCAUAAUCAAUCAUCGCAACAGCCACUUUAUUCACCUUCACCUUCAGGCUAUAGCUCCUCGCCUGUUUUGAAUGGAAAUGGUAGUAGCAAUAACAGUAAUAAUAGCAACAACACUUACUUUUCACAAAGCCAUUCUUCAUCCACAUCAACUCUUCGAGGAGGUUUAACGACCCCUAUAAAGGAAAGCUUUUCUAACAGCUUAAAACGUAGUAUUAACAGCAAUUCUACUUCUACGCCACAUACAGCAAUAAGUACAAGCAUUAGUAAUAAUGGCAACAAUAACAAUAAUGGGAGUACUAUUGUCAAUGGAAGUAGUUCUGGCAAUGGCAAUGUAGCACCCUCUGUUGAAAAGGAUCAAGUAAAUAUCAACCUGGCACCUGGAAUGGAGGAUACAUUAUUUUCUUGUUUGAAAGACUUAUUCUGGAAAAUUUCGCAAAAUAAAAAGAAGACAGGCGUCAUUGCACCCAUCAAUUUUAUUAAUAAAGUCAAGAAAGAGAAUGAAUUGUUUCGAUCCAGCAUGCAUCAAGAUGCACAUGAGUUUUUCAAUUAUCUCGUCAACCAGGUAGCAGAAGACGUUGAGAAAAAGCAGAAAAAAGAUGCUGAAGAAGAUGAAAAGAAUAACAACAGUAGCGGUAUACACAGUGAUAGUAGUAUUAAUAACAAUGAAGGAUCAGAGCUGAUGACCACAACAACGACGACGACUACAGAAUCGAGCACAGUAAAUAGUACAGUAAAUACUAAAUCAACAUGGGUUCAUCAAUUAUUUGAAGGCAUAUUUUCGAACGAAACGAAAUGCUUAUCAUGCGAGACUGUUACCAGUAGAGAUGAAAGCUUUAUGGAUUUGUCAAUUGAUGUAGAAAUGAAUUCUUCUAUUACUUCUUGUUUAAGGCAGUUUUCCGCGAGUGAAACUUUAUGUCACAAAAAUAAAUACUAUUGUGAUGUAUGCUCAGGUUUACAGGAAGCCGAAAGAAGAAUGAAAAUCAAAAAGUUACCCAACAUAUUAGCGCUACAUUUAAAGAGAUUCAAAUAUCAAGAACAAUUACAAAAGUAUACCAAGCUCACCUAUAGAGUUGUCUUUCCCUUCGAAUUGAGAUUGUUCAAUACGACGGAUGACACUGAAGAUGCAGAUAGAAUGUACGAACUAUGGGCCAUUGUAGUUCAUAUCGGAAGUGGGCCGCAUCAUGGUCAUUAUGUCUCCGUUAUCAAAAGCAAUGGACGGUGGAUGCUAUUUGAUGAUGACACUGUAACCCAAAUUCAAGAAGAAGACAUUCAGAAAUACUUUGCUGAUCUUCCAGGCAGUGGGUCAGGUUAUGUGCUCUUCUAUCAAGCGGUAGAUUUAGAUAUAGAUUCAUUCAAUGGCAUAGGGCAACAGAUAGUUACCUAUGGAAAAAAACUGGACGAUAUGAACGUCAGUAGUAGCAGUACAAAUACUAAUAACGGCAGGCCGCUAUUACAUCAACAUCAUCCAAGUAUAUCUAUUUCAUCAAAUUCAAGUCAUUCUCCACGUUUAGAAACAGACAUGAAUAACUAUAAUAUUAGCAACAGCAGCAUCGAAAAUAGCAAUACUAAUCACUUUUCUAGCCUUCAAUCACCGACAGCAGCAAGGAGUUCGCGGAAAGACGAUUUCUCUUCGACUGCACAUAUUGAAAUACCUUCAUCAGUUUCAACCCCGCCAUUGCAUGUUCCUACUCCACAGCCUGAAGAAAAGAAAACAAGGUGGGGGCUAGGAAGGAAGAAGAAAGACAAGAAAUAA